CGUUUAUCACUCCUAUAUCGAACAGUAGUUUCAAAAUAUGCCUGGAAUGAUAUGGGACAAACAUACAUUGUUCACUCCUCGUCACCAAACGACUUUAGUUCCUCCUGUACGUCUGGAUAUACAUGAAGUGGAAAAAAGCUUACAAGACGAAUGCAAUAAACGAUUAGAACAGCAACAAACUAUAAAACAAAUGUCAAAAUCAAAGCAACUUAAUGGAAAUACUGACUGGACAAAACUUUUUAGUUUCCCUGAUUUAAUCGACUCUACUGCUUCAACUCCUGAUGAUACCAAUGGACAUAUAAAUGAAAAUACCAAUUCACAACAGAACGACAUCAACAAUAACAACAAUAAUAAUAAUAAUACAGCUGAUAUUUCGGUUUCUCACAUCACCCUCAAACGCGUCAGACCAUUGUCUAUAUUUGAAAGAUCAAAGUCUAGAAAGUACAACACCAAUAAUCUCGAUAUUGUUCUCGAUAAACAAAACUUUACUACACAAUUCCAAAAACAUCAGGACUGGUAUACCAAGACAGUUGGAUCACAGAAAGAUGAUCAAUCGACAACAAGCAUACAAAUACUCGAAGAAUCUCCAGCGACAGCAACAACAAUAGUCUCAGACCAUACUCAACAACCUCCACAAACAAAUUCUAUGAACUCGCAGGAACGCAUACUUGUGGAAGAUAUUUUAGGUGAAGUCUUGGGUGAUACAGACUACAGCACUCGCAAUAGGAUUAUUUCUCCAAACAAAAAAGCUACAACCGAUGCUACGACAGAAGUAGUAAUAAACGAACCAUCGGUUACAGCAUCAUCACAAACAACAACUACUACGGUGGAACCCUCACAUACGUUACCCGUAGAAAUGUCAUUAUCAACCCCAACUACUAAUACAGAAGCAAUAGCAACAGAUAUCAAUGGCGAAUUAGUAUCGACAGUGGAAAUAGCAGCAAACAAUGAAUCUCAACAGUCUCUACUUGAUUCGACAACUUCUUUCCCGCCACAAACUAUUCCUGUUCUUGCGACCCAAUUUCAAUUGGAUACAGUGGCUCGAGAGUCAGAACAUAUUAUCAAGCAAUCUACUGGAGGUGUCAAACAUCGUAUUGGCAAAGUUAUUGAUAUUUUGAAUCAUCCUAUGCAUGCUCUUAUUCCUGGUUAUAUCUCUACUGGUAGUGACAUAUGGUCUGGAUCUGGAAAAACAAUGUUUAUACAAGAACUUUUAUUACGCUUGAAAGAGUCAGCGAAGGAAAUGGACGUUUUGUUGGCCUGCUAUGAUUUGAACAUGGAAGAGUUCUUAACAGAUUUGCUAAAGAACAAGUUUACUUUUGAUCGACUAAAUACAUUAGCAAAAAGUGGUUGGUUCGGUGAAUAUGGAUUGGUUGUUAGGUUCCGAACAUCAAGUUCUCAGCAACCUCCACUUACUGAAGGAAAAACGCAAUUGGUACUCAUCAUUGAUCCGCGUCUACAAGAUGUCAAUCCUAUUGUCAAAUUGAUUCAAAACGAUGAAUCGAACGUCUCUAUUCCAAUUCUGUAUUUAGUGGCAUGGAACAGUGUUGAAGGAAGAUUACUGGAAUAUCUAAGGAAACAAGAUCCUCCUAGUUGGCGCCUUCCUGAUCAAGAUUCACGUAUGCUUAUAUUUGAUACCAGUCAAGAUACAUCAAUGGACGAUUUAAAACUUAAACAAAGCACGUCUUCAGUGGUGGACUCUGUAAUGAAAUGGAUCAAUAGCGGUAUGACUGAUAUAUACCGAUAUUCUGGCUCUACAGAUAUCGAAUCUGAAGCAAUCACUCUACAGCAACCAUCAUUAUUAUCAUCAUCAGUCGAAGGGAUGGCCCUGAAACCAUCUAUCACUACAACUCAACCAACAACAACAACAACAACAUCAGCAGUUGUAUCAACACAAUCAACUAUGGAAAUCGCUGGUGACAGGGAACAUAUGGGUGAAGAGCAGAUGGCAUCAUCUCAAUCAUCUUUGACAGAUAUGGAAAAGCUUUUUUCUCAUGUAUCCGUUCCUCGCUUACAAAGUGAAUUAAAAUCUUGGAAAUCAAAGAUAAUCAAUACAUCGAAACAAGAUCAUCUAACGAUAUCAGAUGAUGAUUCCUUCUACUCUGCUGAAAGUGAAACACCAACAGAUGACCAUGCCUCACUAAUUCAAAACAUUUUGGGCAAUAUCACAGGACAAUCUUCAUCAUUAACUGAACCUUCGAAUAAUGCAAGACAAAUAUUGAAAUCACUCAAGGCAGACUUUGACAACAAAUGUUUGAACAAACUGGAAACAUUACUAUCAACUUACCAAACUGAACUGAUGACAUUACAAAGAGAAUACGUUGAACAAGCCAACAAGCAAUUGGAUGCAACCUUUUCUGGUAGUAUUAAUCAGAAUCAAUGAUAUUUUUUUUAAUCGAUUUAUUAUGUUUUUAUCCUCCUUUUUUUUUUACCCUUGUCUUUUGAUCAUGUAAAUAAAACACUUUUGUAAUCUAAUAGAA